CUGUCUGAAUCUGCUACGGUUGAUACCCUUAUUGUUGAGCAUUCAGGGAAGUGGAAUGUACCUUUGGUGCGGUCUAUUUUUCCUAACAUUGAAGCUGAUGCUAUUCUCUCCUUAGCUCUGCCACAAAAUCAUUUUGAAGACAAAUGGAUCUGGCAUUUCUCCAAGAACGGCAAAUUUUCUGUUCGUUCUGCAUAUUUCCAGCUUCUGAAUUCUCCUAUUUAUGCUUCGCACUUAGCUUCGAUAACACCUCAACCGUUGGGAGUCCGGGACCGUGUUUGGUGUAUGAUUUGGAAACUAAAGUUGCCCCAUCGAAUCCACCUUCUCGUGUGGCGAUUGUAUCUUAAUGUCCUACCAACCCCAGAUAAUCUAGCUUGUCGGAAUGUGACAUUCGACGGAACCUGCCCUUUAUGCUCAUCUGUUGCAUCUUCCAGCAUGCAUACUUUCUUUGACUGUAGCUUUACUCUUCAGGCGUUGCGCAUAGCUGGUCUUCUUGUUCUUGUUCGGCAGCUUCAGAAAGAAACAUGUGAAACUUGGUGUCGAAAUCUUUUGCUUCAUAUGACGAGUCCGCAUAUUGAAUUUUUGGUUGCAAUUUGGGACGGAAUUUGGCAAGCCAGAAAUGGAGUUAUUUUUCAACAGAGAACAGUCAGGCCGUGGAAUAUUGUGUUAAAUGCGAGUCGAACUGUGGCUGAAUUUGCAUCACAUUCUUUAAAUCCUGAAAUGCCUGAUCCCGCUUUGUCCUAUCUUCCUACCUCUGUUGUUCCCUCUGACGAUGCAACUAGAAUUUAUUUUGAUGGCUCGAUAUCUCCUAAUCGUGUUUGUGGAGGUUCAGGCGUCUUUGCCCGUUCUGCCAAUGGGGUGUUUUUACAAGCUCUGUCGCGCCGUUUUGAUGGAAUUGUUGAUGCAGACUUAGCCGAGGCUUUGGCAAUGCGGGAGGCGAUUCUCUUGGCUCAGAGAUUAAAUGUUCCGAAUGUGGCUGUCAUGGAAGAUUCUUCCUUGAUUGUUCAAGCUUCAUUUGGCUUAACUGAUGCCCCUUCGAGUUGUUCGCCGGUUAUUGAUGAUAUAGUUGCCUGUUUAUCUCAUUUGCCUUCUGUUAAAUUAUUUUGGAUUCCUCGUUCGGAGAAUGUUGUUGCCCAUUCUUUAGCUAGACAUGCAACUAGUUCAUCAUCCUCUAUCUCUGUAUGGAGUGAUCCUCCAAACUUUUUAUCUCAUUUGGUGCUGGACCAUUUCCAGUAA